CACGCAGACAAAACCAUAAAGAGUACAUUAGCAACCUGAAGAGGGCGCGGUUGUAUUAUAACUUAAAGGACAAACGCGGCAAACAAACAGCGAUUGGAAGACUGAGUCGUUUCCGAAAAUCGGUUCUUUUGAACAAUUCGUUUAAAAGAACUGGUUCAACAAUUAUCUCGAAUCCUUCAGACCGACUCUACAAACCGACUCAACUGAUUCACUGAAAAGACUCGACCUAAAAAAACGUUUUGAUCGCUUCUGCUUUUAGACUUGGCAACCAGGCGAGGCCAUUUUGAUGCAGGUGGGCGGGGUUUCGAGGGUCACUCUGGUCACAUGACUGUCAUGUGACGUCAAGACUUCCUGGCGGCAGUUUCAGACGGGGUUGAAGUCGCGCUGCUCGGACUCGUGCAAUAAAAUAAGGAAUAUUAGUAAACAAAAGCCGCAACAGAAAGAACAAGAAGCGACGACAUACAAUGAUGAGUCUCAGUCAUCAUGAUGAACCCUCUUCAGAUGUUGAUCCAGUUGAAAUGAACAACAGUCUGCCUGAUACAGCAUCAGCUUCUGAUGGGGUGACACCCACACGUUUAUUAAAAAUGAAAGAAAUCAUGGAAAAUCAGUGCUUUGAAAUGAAUGUUAAAGUCAGCAUGGGAAAACAUAAAGAGUCAUGUGAAGCUGAUGCAGACCUGUCCAAGUAUGAAAGUGAAAUUGAGCAGGCAAGACUCUCAUAUUUCAACAAAACACUGGUAUUGAACAGAAUGCAGAUUUGGAAUGCCAUCAUUGAAAAGAUGAUUCAGAAUGAUGCAGAUGCUGAGGCACUAAAAGAACUGACCAAUCAGAACACUGAGCUCUGUGAAAAGACCUUGAAAGUUUUAAAGGAAACACGAGAGCUUCAGGACCAGAUCACAGAUGUCCAAAAGGAAAGACUUGACCUAAAAGGACAAAUUAAGAAGAAAAUGCAGGAGAUAAAUGAGUUGAAACAGGUGAAGGAAAACCAAGGAGAAGUUCAACAGAGAGCCAAGGAAAGAGCUGAAGCAGUCCUACAGAAAUACCAGAAGGUCACCACCAUUUUACAAAAUGUGCUGCGGGGAAUCAUACUGGCCAGUAAAGUCAACUGGAGGGAUGAUCCUAAAUUAAGGGACAUUGCAAUGGGACUAGAGAACAUUCCCAACUAAAGACCUGUAUGAACAGUUCUCCAAUGUAUGUAAUUUACCUGUAAAUGUGCUCACUGUUACCAUGUUCAGAGUAAUGUAUAUUUAAGCUUUUUAUAACGGCUCAGUUGAGAAUGUUUUAAAAUCACUCUGAAUAUAAGAUAAAUGAUAUUAGAUUAAAUAAAUUGCUUUUACCAAUGAAUUUACUUUUUAAAAUAAAGUUCUGACUGAUCCUUCAAUAAAGGUUGAUAUAUAACCACAUUCACCACAUUCAGUACUUCUGUAAUGCCAUGCAUUUAGGUGAAACAGGUUAUUCAACAAGUAAAAAGGCCAUUUCACACAGAAUCAAGCCAGACCUGAAUGCUUAAUGGCUAGUUGGCUUUUUGAUUAACAUUAU